GAUUACAGGGGCUACUAGAAGUUGAUGUUAAUCACAUUGUCUUUUUACCAACAGUUUGGGCGCCAGUUUUUGGAUUCCUUUCUGCGGAAUGGGAUGCCUCUGCUUGACUCUCUCUUCAAGUCUCAUACUGCCGAAGUCACGGCUCUACUAAAAAAUCUACAGCAAAGCACGCGUUACCUCCAGCACAUCUGCAGUCACUCAAAGCUGGUGAAAGACGUGGCACUGACAGGGCAGGUGCCUGCAGUGCGCAAGACGCUGGAAGGCUUCGUCUUUCGCUGUCAAGGCUAUGCUGACAGUGAACCACUGCCGGGAAGCCUUCUGGGUGGGCAACCUCAAGAACCGGGACCUGAAGGGGGAGGAAAUUCUGACACAGUCAUUACGUGAGGACACAGACGAAGAAAUGGCACCUGCGGAUGAUGCUGAAGAUGGCAAUGAUUCAGAUGCCUCUCACAACAGUGAAGAAAACACAGCCGACGAACCUAUGGAACCGGAAGUCAGCGAGGAAUUUUAAGAGGCAGUGCCAUGUGACAGACUAACAAGCUUUCCUUUUUUUCUUUUAAUGUUUUGUUCAUAAGCGUGGUUUUUAAGAUGCAAGUUACUGUAACAUAUUUUUACUCUGUUCCACUGAGCUGAUAGGUCAUCUUCCCCAGUUUAAGUUUUGACAAAGCUGCUUGGUAAUCAAUGUGGCUGUUUUUAUUGUACAUUAAUAAAAGUAUUGUUUCAUUUAGUAA